AAAGGAAACAGACAUUCCACAUCCUACACACUGUGUAUAUCCUUAUUACUGAGGAUUAGACGUGCGAGUGAGGAUGAAGGCCCAGGAAUGGCUCCUGCUGACCUGUUGCCUGUUCAGUCUGAGCUUAAUUGGAGAGAGCUCAGAUGCAGAGAAUCAGCUAUUAAAGAAGCUUUUCUCUAAUUACAAUACGAAAGUGCGCCCGGCAAAAACAACAGAGAGCAAAGUGGUUGUGAGGAUUGGCAUGACCCUGGCAUCCUUCGUCAGUCUGAACAUGAAAAAUGAAGAGAUGACCACGAACAUCAUCCUGAACCUGGAGUGGAACGAUCACCGUUUGGUCUGGAAUGCCAAAGAGCAUAAUGGUAUUGAUGUACUGCGAAUUCCCUCAGCAAGAAUGUGGCUCCCGGACAUCGUUCUUAUUAACAAUAAUGACGGUGUGUUUGAGGUGGCUCUACACGUUCAUGUUCAGGCAUACAGUAACGGCAGGGUGACAUGGACCCCUCCUGCCAUUUUCCGCAGCUCGUGUGGUGUAAAGGUGACAUACUUUCCGUUUGACUGGCAGAACUGCACCAUGGUGUUUAAGUCAUUCACUUACGACUCCUCUGAAAUGGAACUUCAGUACGCCCUCGAUGAGAAAGGCAACGAGAUACGAGAAAUCAUCUAUGAUACCAGUUUCAGUGAGAGCGGUGAAUGGCAUAUCCGUCACAAGCCUUCCAGAAAGAACGUAAAGAAAGAGGACCUGUAUGAAGACAUCACCUUCUACCUGAUUAUUGAGCGCAAACCCAUGUACUACGUAUUCAACAUCAUUCUGCCCUGCAUCCUCAUCACGAUCAUCGCCAUCUUUAACUUCUAUCUGCCACCUGAUGCUGGAGAGAAGAUGGGUUUGUCCAUCAACGUGCUGCUGACCCUUACCGUCUUUCUGCUUCUGUUGGCCGAUAAAAUCCCUGAGACAUCUCUUGGAGUCCCCAUGAUCGUCAACUACCUGAUGUUCACCAUGGUCCUGGUGACGUGUUCGGUUAUUCUCAGUGUAGUGGUGUUGAAUCUGCACCACCGCUCACCAAGCACUCAUCAAAUGCCCAUGUUGGUGCGCAAGAUUUUCAUCCACGUACUGCCCACAUAUUUGGGACUCCUAAGGCCUAAAGUGGAGACACCGCUCUCUCUGGAGCGCCCACACAAAAAGGAAUACCACACAAGCAUCAGCCGGGCAGCAGACGAAUACUUCAUCCGCAAGCCCAACACUUCUGUGCUCUUUCCCAAACCCAACAGGUACCAGCCAGAUGGCCUGUGCACUGACCUGCGGAAGUUCAUCAAUGGUCCAAGUCACUACCUGACACUGCCCCCUGAGCUGAAAUCGGCUGUGGAGGCUAUCUGCCACAUCGCUGAGCAGCUACAAGCUGAAAAAGACUAUGAAGCUUUAAAGGAAGACUGGCAGUAUGUGGCCAUGGUGGUUGAUCGACUCUUCCUCUGGAUCUUUGUGAUCUUCACCACCGUUGGAACGUUGGUCAUUUUUGCUGACGCUAGUUUCAAUACUACUCCCACUGACCCCUUCAUGAGUCCUUGAUCCUAGCGGUCAUCGCGCUGACCUUUUGAACUCCACAGCAGUGUGUUACUUACAUACUGCUUGCUAUUGACAUUUAUUCACUUGGCAGAUGUUUUAUUUAUUUGUGUGCAAAGUGAUCUGCAAGGGAGGAAAUGUCUACAAUAUCUACAAAUCUGGAUGUUAAAGAAGCUGACACAUAAUAAUAUCAAUAAAUGCCAAAAUCAGUAACAGAGCAGUGUAAGUAACACGGGUUAUAGGAUCAAUACAGUGUUUUCGUGUCGUUUACUGAUAAUGAGGACUGGAUUAUUAUUUCAGCUCUGAGAAAUGCUUUCUGUAGUAAUGUAUAUUUUUUUGAUAAAUGUCUGAGCUUGAUGUGUUAAAUAAAAAAAUUUGUAAAUCAAAAAGAAAGCACCAUCAACAAGUCAGUCUAUUAGUCAGAAUCUGUAUGUAAUACUGUAUAUUUAUUCAAUCUUAUUCUCAUGCAUGUCUGUU